GCAAACACACGUAUCUAAGCGCGUGAGAGUUCAAAGAUAGAAGAGAAGACUAUAACAUAACAUUACUAAUAUAAAUUCCUUUCUUCUUCUAUCUUGUAUGAGUUCAUGUUUCAGCUCUACAGCUUGUCGGGAUUGCCUAAUGCUCAAUAAUGUUUCUUGAUUGUACUACUUGUGAUGUGCAGAGCUUUGCUAUGAAACACCUGGUUUAUCUUCUUCUUCUUCUCUCUAUGGGAUUGUGUGAUGCAAGGCCUCCAGAGGUGAGGAUUGGGGGAGUCUUUAAUUUGGGAAGCUAUCAAGGUAAACAAUCGAAUGUAGCCAUACAAUUGGCCAUUCAAGAUGUUAACAAUGAUCCCAAAAUUCUUAAUGGAACCCUUCUUCAGCUCAAGACUGCAGAGAUAGGAAGUACUGCUCUCAUAGAUGCAGGGAAUGUGCUGCAACUGUUCAGAGCAAACGUGGUAUCUGUCGUGGCACCCAUGACAGCACAAAUCUCUAACUUAGUAUCCUUCCUAGCUGAUUCUGCACAAGUGCCACUCAUUACAUUUGCUGGCAAUGAUCCCUCCAUGUCCUUGAAACACUCUGCAUAUUCAAUGCAGAUGAUUGGCAGGGAUGUACUGCAAAUGAAGGCAAUAGCUGCCUUGCUGAACAAUUUUCAGUGGAGAGAAAUAGUGGUCAUAUAUCAAGAAGAUGAAUUGGGUCUCAGCGGAAUUCUAGCCUUAAAGAAUGCACUCCAAGAAAUCUCUGCCAGAAUAGUCCAAAAGUUUGGAGUAUCCGACGAGUCUUUCAGUAACUUUUCAUGGAAAAAUGUUGCGAAGAGACUAGAAGGUGACAUGACUAGGAGUCGAGUGUUUGUUAUACAUACUAGUUAUGGAUUGGCCCAGAAAAUCUUUCUGGAGGCAAAACAAUCAGGCAUUAUGAAGGAACUGGGUGGGGCUUGGGUUGUAACAGAGUGGGUAGCGAGUUCUUUGGAAAUUGCAGAUGAUACAACUAUGGAUUCAAUGCAAGGAGUCAUUGGAGUUCGCAUAAAAAUAACACACACUCCACACUUCGAGAAUAUAAGCAUGAGAUGGAAGGAGAAAUUCAUGAGAUUGUAUCCAAAUGUAACACACUCUGAAAACAUUGGCAUAGUUGGAGCCUAUGCUUAUGAUUCUGUCCGGGUAAUUGCUAAAGCUAUUGAUGAUCUGUUCAGAGACAACAAACUUGCUGAAUUGGAAUUUAAAUCUUCUGGGAAAACUUCGACAGAUGCCUAUGUUUUUCAGGAAGGGAAUGCCCUGUUUCAGAAAGCAGUUAACAGCAAUUUAGAGGGAAUUAUUGGGAAAAUUAAAUUCAGCAAUAGUGGGCUUCUUGAAAUUCAUUCAUAUGACAUCGUUAAUGUAGUCAACAGGGAAAUCAGAGUUGUAGGAUCAUGGGUGAAAGAAGAGCUCAAAUUGAGCGGAGUAGAGAUUAUGUGGCCAAAUGGAUCUUCAAAAACACCUUGUGGUUUCAGAAAGUUUAUAGUGGGAGUACCCCCAAAUGUUGUGUUUCCUGGAUUUAUAAACAUUAAAGACAAUAACAAAUUGUUUAAUGGAUUCUGCAUAGAGGUAUUUAAAAAAGCUGUGACUAAGCUCAAUUGCCCUUUUGACUAUGAAUUUAAGGUGUCUGAGAACAGUGAUAAAAAUCCAAACUAUGAUACCCUCGUUCAACAGGUUGCAAAUAAGAUAUUUGAUGCAGUUGUAGCUGAUAUCACAAUACUCUCAGACCGCAGCGAAAACGUAGAUUUUACACAGCCAUAUACAGACACGGGGCUGGUAAUCAUGGUCCCUAUUAAGAAUACAAAGUCUUCUGGUUGGGCCUUCAUGAAACCCUUUACAUUAUCCAUGUGGUUGACAGCAUUGGCGUUUAUUCUUCUUACUGCUUUUCUUCUUUGGCUAUUCGAACGGAAUGAGAAUGAUGCUUUCACAGGAGAAACUGCUAGGCAAUUGGAGAUAUCUCUCUGGUUUUCAUUUGCAACAAUUGUUUUUGUUCAGGGAGAGAAGAUUAUGACAUCUCUUGGUAAAGUAAUUUUGAUGGUAUGGCUGUUCGUAGUGCUGAUACUAAAUUCAAGCUAUACAGCUAGCCUUGCAUCCUAUGUCACUGUUCAGCAGCUGUCUCCAACAAUACGAGAUACAGAGUCUCUGAGAGCAAGCAACACCUCCAUAGGCCAUAUGGAUGGCUCCUUCGUUGAAAACUACCUAAUAGACGAACUAAGAAUUGAUAAGAACAGAUUAAGAGCUUUUACCAAGGCAACAGACUAUGUCGAUUCUCUCCGAAGUGGAUCUAUUGGUGCUGUCGUUGAUGAGACUCCAUACAUUAACAUGCUCAUGUCAGAAAAUUGUGGUGAGUUUGAGAUUGUAAGUCGGCCAUUCUACAGGGGAGGAUUUGGUUUUGUAUUUGCCAAAGGUUGUCCAGUGGUUCCAGAGAUGACAUCUGCAGUCCUGAAUAUUACUCAGAACAAAACAGAGCUAGACUCCAUUCGAAGCUGCUGGUUUGGUUCAGAUUCCUGCAAUGAUGAUAAGAGUAAUGUUUCUCAAGAACAGGGUGGUAAUGAUAUUGGGAGACUGAGCCCAAAGACCUUUUGGGGUUUAUUCGUUAUCUCUACAGGUAUAUAUUGUGCAUUACUAUCCGCCUAUUUGGUUAGCAGGUUUUGUAAAGGCAGAAUAAACGCGGUGAAAGUUCAGCCCAUUCCUCAGGAGAACCCUGUGCCUGCAAUACAAUUUGUAGCCCUAGAUCCAAAUCUAUUGCAUUCUCGUGGUGUGCGGCGGUCUUACACGGCUUUACCUCCCCUUAACGUAGACCAUCAACAAAGCACGUCAAGACUUCACUCAGCUUAAUUUUAUGAAGCUCCAUAUCACACAAGUUUGUCACUUGGGAAUUUUCCACAGUGGGCUUACAACUGAUUUAUAAAAUUGUAAAAAUAUAAUUAAAAAAAAAGUCCUGGGAAGGCCCAGAAGGGCUGGCAACUGUUAAUCUCCAUGUAUAUAUGAAAUAUUUAUUCAGGUUCUGUUGUU